AUGCUAGCCGGCUCUCAUACCGUUGAAGAAGGCGAACUGCUCUGUAAGGAGGUACUGGAGCUCCUGAAGGGAUCAGGUUUCAACCUCAGGAAGUGGAACUCCAACAAUCCGAAGAUUUUGAAGGCAAUACCCUCGCAUCUGCGGGACGAUCGAGAAUUCCUGAAUUUAGAUGAGAAGGCAACUGUGAAGACGUUAGGUCUCACGUGGGAGACGGCUACGGACACACUGUGGAUCAAGGUUCCCGAUUGGAGGCCAGAAUGGCUGAAAAAGGAAACCCAGUACUGGCCUGUAAACGCGCAGGUUCCAGAGCAGCAGUUCGAUUCGGUAAUCCUGGAGGAGAGACCACUAGUGUCAGCAGUCCUACAGACUCUGCCUCCAAGUGAGAUUUUCACGCUACGUUCGUCUCUACUGAACCUUGUUCGUCUGACCGCUUGGAUACGCCGUUUUUCCUUCAACUGUCGACCAAGAAAUCGGUUGCAGAGGAAAACUGGAUUGCUGACAGCUGAUGAACAUGAUUCAUGCUUGAUUCUCCUAGUGCAGCUAGCCCAAUCGGAAUGUUUUCCGUUGGAAUUAUCAAACCUUGCGGCUAAGGGCGAAGUUAGGCCUUCGUCGAAGCUGCAUGCUCUGAAUCCUGUGAUGGUUGAUGGGAUACUCUGCGUUGGCGGCUGGCUCGGAAAUGCUCCUGUUUCGCGAGGAAGGAAACAUCCGAUGAUUUUGGAUAGCCAUCAUCCACUCACGAAGCUCAUCUUGGUCGACUAUCACCGGCGAUUGCUGCACGGAGGACCGCAGUUGAUGAUAUCGUGUGUUCGAGAGAGGUUUUGGCCGUUGAGCGUCAGAAACUUAGCCAGGAAGGUAAUGCACGAGUGCGUAAAGUGUUUCAGGGUGAAACCACGCGUCCAUGAUCAGUUGAUGGGAGAUCUUCCGUUGGAACGAGUAUCACCAGCUCCUGCUUUCCAACGAGUGGGUAUCGAUUAUUGUGGACCAUUCGAACUGCAGCCUGUCACCCGGAAGAGCGCUCCGGUGAAAUGCUAUCUCUGUUUGUUCGUUUGCUUAGUCUGCAAAGCCGUCCACAUUGAGGUCGUGAUGGACCUCACCACCGAGGCAUUUCUUGCUGCUCUUCGGUCAUUUGUUGCCAGACGUGGAAGACCGGAGUUGAUACUCUGCGACAACGUCUCCAAUUUCGUGGGAGCACAAAGAGAACUGCGUGAAUUGCAUGGAAUGUUUCGUCAACAACAGUUCCAAGAAAAGGUGUCAAUGGAGGCUGCUCAAGAUUCGAUCGAAUUCAAAUUCAUCCCUGCCAGAUCACCCAACUUUGGUGGCUUGUGGGAAGCCGCAGUCAAAUCGCUGAAAGGGCACAUGAGGAGAGUAAUCGGCAACAGAAUGCUGAAGUAUGAUGAACUGCAUACCGUUGUGACGCAGAUUGAAACAUGUCUAAAUUCGAGACCGCUGACACCUCUCAGUAAUGACUCCAGUGACUUGGAAGCAUUGACUCCCGGGCAUUUCUUGAUCCAACGCCCACUCACCGCAGCACCCGAACCAAGUCUCCAUGAUCUACCAGAGAAUAGGCUCAAUAGAUGGCAACGUGUUCAGAACUACAGUCAACUGAUUUGGAAGCGCUGGUCAACGGACUACUUGUCAACUCUGCAGAGUCGCAACAAAUGGACAAGUCAUAACCUGCUGCUCAUAUGCUUGGCUGGAGAGAUCAUCCGUUCCUUCGUUCAUCCGCAUGCAAUCAACCAUAAUACGGAUCCACCUCUGAUACCUUGCGGCAUCGUAGAUCACUGA